GGUUCAACUUCUACACGUUAUCUUAUAUUCCUCUGUCGCGUCCGCGUCCGCCGCUUAAAAACAAGAGGACUUGAUGGAUCGUCUGAUGGCUCCUUCAUGUUUCAGGUUAGAGAACAGUUCAAUGAAAGAAAUCAGAUGGAUAUGAUCGCCGUACUGAUCUCCGGUCCAAACCCCGUCCUCAAACGCCGGUAAUCCGAUAAACGAGACGUCCUCGCUCCAACAUGUCAUUUGCCAAUGACGUCGAUUCUUAGAUUAUAUAUAGUCCUCAACCAUUUGCUGUAUGUAUAUGUCACGAACGCUGCCCAUUCGCUCACACCCAUCCCUCUAACAUGACCUUCAUCUCAAAUGAUCCCAGUUACUGGCCGCAUAUCAGUUGGAAUAUUUUUUUGAGCUAUUGGACAGUUGCCGCGGUCGUCGUGAUGCUAUACGAUUGGGUCUUAACGCUCAGCGGAGAGAUUGAACUCAUCUGGGUGAGUGACAAGAGUUCCGUAUCAGAAGAAUGCAAUCAAUUCGCUGCAGAGAAAACACUGGUCUCUCAUUACCGUGCUUUAUUUGAUUAUACGCUAUAUUGGAAUACCAUAUUCUGUUAUCUCUGUUCUACAGUAUAUGCCAUCGGUAUCGCUGACAGAUGGAGUGCCAUCACGGACUACGCAGUAAAUGGCUCAAUUGUGAUUUUGACUGACAUGUUGGGUGUCAUCAUGAUUUCUCGGUUGCAUGUCAUGUAUCAGGGAUCUAGAAAGAUGCUUAUGUUCCUUGUUAUCAUCUUCCUGGCUGUAAACAUAUUUUGCGCAGUAAUCGUGGCAAUAGCACUCCACGAGACCGUAAUGGAGGAGAUGAUACUCUCUGACAUGCAUACGUGCGAUUAUGGGAUUGGUAGCGAAGAGCGGUUUCUUAUUUCAAUGGCCUGGGGGCUCAACACUGUUUGGGAGGUCCUCGCACUGUGCCUUUCUGUCUGGGUUGCUGUGAAACACUUCCGUGACCUGCGACAACUCGGCCCAUCGACAGGAUCAACUCUCGGGGACUGGUUCAGAGUGCUCAUACAAUCUCACGCCCUUUAUUUUGCAAGCUUUGUUGGUGUCUCUUGCCUCCAUCUUGCUGCUCUCUCUCCAAAAAUUGCGAAAUCAGAUAUUGGAGUUUCGAUACUCGGUAGUGCUCUUCAAAUUUUUAUGGUCAUUCAGAUGUUUGUGCUGGGACCACGCCUCAUCCUGAGCAUUCGAGAACACCAUGCCAAACUCGUGGCAUACUCCGACGCAGAAACUACCAUGAAUUCGAUUGUCUUCCAGGAAGAUGUACAUGGAUCUACUAGCAGUACUGUAUAGGGAAAUGCUUGCCGAGUAGUCUACGGGGAGCAAAAAUAUGGUGCAGGAUCCGUCGUGGUAUUUAUUUAACAUGCGGUGUUUCGAACUAUACUUGGAAGGUCUAGACAAACCUAUUUCUUGUUGCAUUACUAUUGGAAUGCCAUAUGCAGUACCCGCGCUUGAACUAAUUGGCAAGGUGAAAUUAUCCGGAACGUCCAGUA